GUGGUCCCGUUGCUGUGGGAGGCGGUCGCCGAGAGAGGGGCACAGCCCAAACGGCCGGUGGUGGCGGUGGCGAGGACGUUCAGAUCCGUGAAUCGAAGGACCUAGGUCCUGGAGCAUGCUAUCUCCAACCACAGUCUACCAUCAAGCUUGACUCAUAGCAUCCUUGAUCAUUUUCUCCAGCUGACAUCUCCAAACCUUUCCAAACUCCCACAAGCCAGCUUCGAAGGUUCUGAACCACAUAGUCAGUAUAAAAAAUUGCAUAGUGGCCCACGUGUCAAAGGAUGGCAUGGUCACAAUCUCCAUCCCCCAGAUGGAAACUCAGGUCUUUAUCACCAGUAUCUAGAAAUUUUGAAUACUACAAGCAAAGAUCUUCUGGGCCUUAUGGCUGUGAAUAUAGAAAAGAUCUGAGAAGCCCUGUUGCUUGGAGAGUGGAAGAUGAGCAACAUGGACAAAAUAAACCAAGGAUUUUCCCUCAUGGAAGUUUCUAUCAUAGGCCUUAUGAGCAUAGAUCACCUUCCCCAAACAUAAGAAACUCUUUUGACAGUGUUUACACAUAUAACCCUCACCAAGUAUACUUGCCUGAAAGAGGGGAUGGUAAUAGAAGGUCUCAGUAUAUGCCCACAUACUCAGAGGGUGUAUCCUACCUAGAGCAUGAGAGGAGCCCUUAUCCCCAGAAAAUGCAAGGGAGGUAUAUUCCUGAUAACUACAAUGAGAGAGGAAGGAAACCACCUGAGAGGUCAAUGGCAGAUCCCUUUACAUUUGAAGGAAAGUGGCAUGAAGAUGAGUUCAGGCACCAGAGGAUGCAAGACGAAAAAUAUCCCCAGUCAUCUAGAAGAGGCUCAGAAGACUUUGACACAAGGAGCUCUUUUCAGAAGAGGUAUCCUGAGGAUCGUGAUUUCAGAAAAUAUAGACACACAUCAAAAAGAACUAAAGAUGUGGAGAAAUAUGAAAAAAGAGAGUCUGCCAGGAACCCAAAGUGGAAGCCUGAGCAUUCUUUCCCAGCUUACCAGGAGAAGAAUCCGCGGAACUUCAGACCCCAAGCUCACCGAUAUGCUGAGAGGGAAUACCCAAAGACCACUUCAGCAACCAAAGUAUCGUAUGACUAUCAUCACAAGCACCAUAGGCUCUCAGAUGAUGACCAGGGCUUUACUGUUGGGAGAACUCAGAAAUACUUGAAAGAAGAAGAUAGAAAAUAUUCUCAAAAAGACCCUGUAAAUAGAGAAUCAGAUUGUUUUAAUGCUAGACGUGGGAGAGAGACCGAAGAUGGACUUGUCAAAGUUCCUAUUAAACCACCUAAGAAAGACUGCAUUCCUUGUGUGCAUUCAAGUAAAAAUGAGGUUAAUUUGAAGCUCUGUAAUGACAAAUGGAAGAAAAAAAUGAAGAAAGAAGAAGACUGUAGAAAAGAGAACAAUUCCUCCAGUAACCAAGUGGAUAUCAGUCAAAACCUUUCCAAUGUGAAACCCUCAUCUGUCAGUCUUGAGAAGAAGUCACUUACAGUUAAAGUAGAUGUGAAGAAAAAUGUAGAUCCAUCCAGGGAUGCUUCUAGCUAUUCCACAGAGAGACAGAUGUCACAUGAUUUGGUUGCUGGUGACAGGAAAAUUGAGAUAUUUCAUCCAGUGUUUGAACAUCUUCACUCACCUCAGAAUACUGAAAACAAAUCUACAAGAGAAUUUGCUCAGGAAAUCAUAACAAUGAUUCAUCAAGUUAAAGCAAAUUAUUUUCCAUCACCUAACAUUACUCUACAUGAACGUUUCUCGAGAAUUCAAGACGUAUGUGACACAGGUGCAAAAGAAAGUAAAUCGAAUUCAGAUCCAGAAAUUCACAGGAGAAUAGAUAUAUCUUUGGCUGAGCUUCAGAAUAAACAAACUAUGAUACAUGAAUCAAAUCAGACUCUGGUCAAAGUAAUAGAUCCAAAUGACCUACGUCAUGACAUUGAAAGGAGGAGAAAAGAACGAUUACAGAAUGAAGAUGAGCACAUUUUUCACAUGGCUAAUGCUACAGAGAGGAAUGAUCAACAUUCCAGUUUUUCAAAGGUGAAGAAUGUUCAUACUGAUGGAUUCCAAAACCCUACACAUUUUAUAAAAUCAAAUUUUAGAAAAUUUAUUCAGAAUCCUUACAUGAAUUAUACUAUGCAAAAAAAAGAUAUUACUCAAAAAUUAUUUGGAGUUGAAAGAAACCAUCACGGCUUUAAAAGACCUUUAAAGGGUUACUUUAGAGGUAGCAGAUUCCAGCCCCAAUAUAAAUCAGACCUGGUACAAAAGAGCUUGUGCAUUCAGGCUAAAUAUCAGCGUUUACGGUUUGCUGGUCCAAGGGGAUUUGUCACUAAUAAAUUCAGAAACAGGGCACCAAGAAAAGAACAGGAAUAUACAAAUGUUGCCACAGAAACCUAAUUUGGAAUUAUUGCAGAUGAAAAUGCCACUACAAGAGGAUAUUGGGAGCAUCUCUUUUUAUCAGGAUUUAGAAUUGGCACUAAGGCACUAAUACUGUAACUUCCUUGAUAAAAACUAUUUUUUAGUGGAAUAUUACAACUUUUUUACACUUACCAAUUGCUUUUAAAUUACAGUAUUCAAUUUAAAAGUUGUAUUUACUAUAAUUUGUUUUGCAAAAUGUUUCAGUACAGUCACUUGAAGGGCAUUAUUUGAUGCAUUUUUCUCUGAGCAUGGUUUCAUCUAGAGAACUUAACCAAGUUAUAUGCAGAGUUUUAUAUGUUCAAAGUUUUGUUUAUGUAAUAAAAGCAGAAGUAUCUGAAUUGUAUAGUGUCUGUACAUGAAAGAACUUUAAACAGUGGCCUUACAGUAGUAAUUUUUAUACCAAGUUUUUCUUUAUCUGGUAACAUUUUGGCUUAUGACUUGAAGUUUUCUUAAGUUUCUGAAGAUCAAGGCCUAUAUAAUUC